CAGUGACUGCGCAUGUGGGAAGCAUGCGUUUUGCUUCCUGAAAUAUGUGCGUUAAAGAAAGCAGCAACAAGAGACAGGUGGAGCAAAACCCCUUUUCUAGCUCAGGGCAUACUUGGCCAUCACUCCAUUUUAAAUGUAGUCAAAUAACCCUAGUGGCUCGCUGCUUUCUGAGGCCUUGUAGCUGGUGACUUUUAUAGCUUUUCACAAAGCGGGUAAAAUGGAGUUGCUCAGAAAUCCCCAGUAGACAAAAGAAUAUCUCAAGUCCUGUUUUGUGAGUAGAUGGAGUUAUUGGCAGGCUGAGUGAGAUGUUCAGCCAAGACAACUCAAGUGGGUUUAUGAGUACCCAGAUGCCUGUGUAGAUGUUUUCUGGUGCAUGCAGGCCAGUCGAUAUUCAGCCGCUGCAUAAGCAAACAAUGGCGUGAGUGGCUGGGCUGUGAUGUGGUUGCUGUGGUGGACUGGAGCUGUAAUUCAGUGGCUGAGAGACCUGGAUUCAAUUCUGUGCUCCACCACAGGCUUCCCAUCUGACUAGGACCCAACUCCUUAGUCUGUCUGGGGUGGUCUGUGUUGUGCAACACAGUGUUGUGCAGAGAUCCUGGGGCUGGUAUCAGCUAAAGUCUAGCUCUGGGACUUGGUGCAGCUCUCCCUGGGAGCUCCUUAGCCCUGCUGAGGACACGAGCCGCUAGGGCUGUGUUGGUGACACUGUCUGCCUGCUCUGGACCCAGAAGACCUCACAGCAUUUGGAGCUAACGGAGGAUUGCUGGUACAGCACUGAGGUGUGCAAUAUGGGCAGACCCUUUCUUCCUUUCCCAUCUGCAGUAGUUUGACUUGCUUCACAGAAGGGUCUGAGUGUAAAUAGGCUAGUGAUUGCGAGGUGCAAUCACAGUGAAGACGACCACCGAUAUGUGUGAGAGUGAUAUCAUUUUACCCCUGCCCUGCAUACAAGUCUACAAGUACAUGAUGGCUAGCUUAUGGAGUGUCUGUCACGGAGUCUCUGGCAGGGCUUCAGGCAGAGCCUAGUGCUCCUGUUUCUUUCUCACGUGGCUCAACAUGAGACCUCCUUGCUUGUGAGUGAAGGUAAUAGUGACCUUCCAUGGGGCCCAGUCUCCGUUCCCAGUAGCGCUGUGUUUGUUAAGGGAGCUUGCAUUUUCCUGGGGAACGAACAAUGCCUGACUGUAGAUGUGUUCUGAACUCAUAUCUGUGCCUUAUCUGCCUCUGAAAAGGCAAACAUGAAAAUUCAGCUGUUUAUUUGCCUGCAUGCUUUUAAGAUAUCACAACCUUGAAAGUGUCUGAGCUUUUUGCUUUUGAAUUGGCGACCUCAGUGCUAACAAAUGUUGUUUUUCAAUUGUGAAGUGAAUCCUGCCUUUUUCUCUCCUUUUCACACUUUCUUCUCCCUGCCCCAUGACCCAGCUCCACCCAUUUUUUCCUUUCCUGGGGUUUUAGCUGUAUUUAAUAAGGUCUAGAUCAAGAUGGAGACCAGAAGAGUCAAGAGACGAAAUGGGGAGAAGUGCUUGACCACUGGAGGCUGGUGGCACAGGAUGUGGGAAUGCAAUGUGGAGGGAGCGGUGGCUUCCCUGCUCAGUUCCAACUGCAGAAGACACUGUGAGGACAGAACAUCAAAAGCGUCAGCUCUCACAGGAAACAUUUUGGAUCAAAACGCCACUCUUCAGAAUAAAGGGAGAAUUUCUUUACUUCCUGUCCUUUGUGACUUCAGUGCAGCUACUCCUGAUGCUCCUGCCCUGGUCUGUGCCUUUAGAAGCGUGACGCUCAUUGGUGCUAGGUGCAGCCUGCUGCAGGGCAGGCAAUAUCGUCACACAGCCAAGAUGGUUGCAUUUAACUGGAAGGCUUUGGAGAAUUUCCCAUUGCUGAUGUACAUUUUGGCAGCUAAAACAUUGAUUCUUUGCUUAGCAUUUGCUGGAGUAAAAAUGUACCAGAGCAAAAAAAUUGAAGAAAAACUGAAGAGGGAACAUGAAGAGAAAUUGAAAACAGAAGCAGAGAAGAAGGAUGAUUGAAGAGUCUUCUCAGAUUUUCUGACACUUGGCAGCUUGCAUUGGAUUCCUUUCCUGGGAGAAUGAAGCCUUCCUGUAGAUGAAGGAUGUGUCAAAGGAAUAAAACCCUCAAGGGUAACAUUCACUUAAACUGUAUCUCAACUUUUUAUAUGUACAGCAAAAUAUCUAAGCCUCUAUUUAUGCAAUAAAAAAAUCCUUUGUAAAAAAAAAACAAAACCUGAUGGCCUUAGUUGCUGCUUACUCAAAUGCUACAGUUAGAGCUGCAGGGGAGGCAGUUUUUAAAGAUCAGCUGCAAGGAGGUGGCUGGUUUUAAAGAGAAAAAUACUCUGAAUCCAUAACGGGUGUGUACAAGGUUCAUGGGCAGAUAGAAGGAAAUGGGGAGGGCUCUGUGCAACUUCUUCAGAGCAACUGCUUCCUGCAAGGGUGUAAAUCUGAGAUUUGGGGGCCCUUUGUUGAAUCCAGAUGAACAAACUCAGGAGAGGAGCUUUUCCAGGCAGGUCUUUCUCAAACUACUUUCUGCACCUACGACUUCCUUAGAGUAAUGCAAAUCACAGUGUCACCUUUGAGGAAGUUUCAUGCUCAGAGAUUUAUUACAUUACUUUGCUAUGCACAGUAUCUGAGAACUGUGUAUGGCUCUCUAUUUACUACCUGGCCUAUGAAGCAGAGAGGGUUUUCAUUACCUUUGCUAGCUAUUCCUGCAUGUGCAAUAACACCAAUUCCUGGAGGAUAAGCUAACUUGGUCACAGUAGGUUAAUCAACAGAGCAGAUUUUUUUCACAGAAAUAAAGGCUUAGUUAGGCAUGUGUGGAAGUGCCAACAGGUAUGUUUGCCUUCACGUUUCCAUUAUAAAGCACUUCCUAGAUCCUUGUAUGUUCUGGAAGUUAAGGUGAAGCUGAAAUCUGACAGUGGAGCAGGGAGAGGAGGGAAGAGAAGAGGUGGAGGGCCCUUGGAGAAGCCUUGGGAUUCCAGCAGGAUCUGGGAGGCCUCCGGGAUGGCUCGCUCCUGCCCUCUCCCUGCGGCUGCGGGCUGAGGUGCCUGCUGUGGUGACACCAGUGCAUGCUGCUGCAGUGUCCGUCUAAGUGCUACCUAAGUUUGUGUGCAGCUGUUACAGCUGGUGCUUGGAGAGCUCUCACUGUGGCAGAGUUACUCCCUGGGAACUGCAGUGAUUUUUAAAUUCUCACUGUUCAUGCGGUCACCUUGGUGACUGGGGAAUAUAAGGGUUGCAGAAACCCACUCCCGGGAUAGAGCGGUAUCCUUGCUAUGGCAGCCUCAGGACUGCCAGGCUAGGGAAUUCAUAGUGCCACUGUAAAACAGCAGUUUCCCUCUACAGUCUCAGCAGUCAUCUGUCUAUGCAAAGGUGGAAUUGAAUGGUAAUUUAAUUAAAUGGCUCUGUGGUGUUCAGUGAUAACAGAGUCUGCUAACCACUUCCAUUAAACAGCAGUUGCGGGAAACUCACCAAGGUACUUGGCUAAGCCACAUGCCCAAACCUUAACAGGAAAUUGUCAGGCCUGUAUAGUGUUCACCAGCUUCAAAAGUAAGCAAUGUCUUGGCUCCAUGCAGUCACUGGUUGCCUUUGAAUAUUGGCCCCAAUCUAGACUCUCAACCAAGGGUAGAUUUUUCUAGACCAAUAGUAAUAAUGAGCUUUUUUUGGUUUUUAAACUGAAAGCAGAGGUAUUCUCUACUUCAUAACAGUUGCUCUGUAAGCAGAAUCAAAGGUACAAUCUCCCUUUAAAGCAAGUCAUUUAGCAUCAAAGCAGUUGGACACCAGCUGGGCACCAUUUAGCACCCAAUGCAAUCAAGACGAGCAUUAAAAUCUGCAGGUCCUACCUUGCCAAACAUGUGCAAGAAGGGAAUUAACACGAGAAGCCUCUUUUUUGUCCCUGGCCUCAACUGGGGAGAAAGCAGCUAUGAGCAGUCUCCUCAGAAGUCCUCUGCAUCACCACUUUUUUGCCUCUACAGCCAAAUCAGAAAACCUCUUUGUACAUGUAAGACUUCAAAUCUGGUCCAACCUGGAUGCUUUUUUCCUUGACUUCGGAGUAGCACUACAGCAUAGAUAACCCCUAGAGCUUGUGAUGGGUGUCGCAGCAGGCUGAUGUCCUAGAGUUUCCAAACUUAGAAGAGAUCUUAUCCAUUCCGAGACCUGAACCAAUAGCUGUUCUCUGAUGUACCAGGGUAGAGUUUUGAUCCAUGCUAUCACUGGAUAAGUUACAGCAGGUUUUUUUACCCUUGGGCAUCCUAUCCUAUGUGCUGCAGUUGCAGCCUUGAACAAGAAAAUGUGCUGACACUGGGGGGAGACAGCAGCUCAGAUUUGUUUCAGUUUCUUGUUCAGAAACCAGCUGGGGACCUCGAAAUCUGGUUUCUUAUUGAAAGAAGAGUUAUACAAUUAGUCCUGGCAAGUUAAAAGAGGAAUAGAGAAUUCAAUUUGAUUGAUUUUCUGCAAGUGAGAGGAGGCAGCAAGGACAGAGAGCCUUGAAAUGCUCAGUGUGUAUGAGUGUGCAGCUUGUUAGACAGCAGAUUUACACAGGAUCCUCAUGUAGAUGUUCCCAUCCCAGAAAGCGAGCCAGCUCACAGUCUUCUGGUGCCUACAGAACUACAGUCUCUCCUUCUCCCCUGUUCCCUAAAAUUACUCUUUUCAAAAAGAGCAUUCAUGUUGUGUAGAUGGGCAGCUUAACUUUACACAGUAUCUCACUUGUACAGGUCUUUCACUGUUGGAUGUUGUCAUUGUCACCAGUGCCAAGUGCUGAAAGCUGAGAAAAUAAAAGGAUUACUGGCUUUCAAACUUA